AAAUAGUGAAAAUGCCAUAAUAGUGAAUAGGACGGACUAUUUUUUUAUUUACUAAUUUCAAACUUUCAAACUUCUUUACCAGUAUGAGCUGUAAUAUCAGAGAAAUGAAUUUCAGAGAGAAUUCCUAGAUGUUUCCACUGUCCUUGAACUUUUUUGUUUUUGGUAGGCUGAGGAAAGAGGUGGAGGCUAGCAAGAUUAGGCCGGGGAAGGAGAGGGGUUGGUACGUUAAAUAAUGUUGACCAUAAAUAGACAAAUAUUAUCCACGUUGACUUGAAUUUAUUUGUAAGGCUUAGCUUGUAUUUGCUAUGCACAUCAAUCAUGACUCACUUAUUUUUCUAUUUUCACUUCUUUCCACAUUGAAUUGCAGUACUUCAACAGUUUGUGUUAAUCUCUUAAAAUGAAGCCAUUAAAGUGUUGGAUCAAACAGAAGAAAACAAAGGAAUGUGAAGACAAUUUCAUAAAGCAAGGAAACUUGCUUCAAGAAGAGCUUAUUGCCUUCUGUAAAGGGAAGAAUCUUCCCAUUCAUUUAUUUUCAGCUAAACAAGUAAACAAAAUGAGCUAUUUCGCCCAUGAUGAUAUGCUCAGUGACGAUGCUUCUUUCCAACUAUACCGAGGAACCAUAGAAGAAAAUAACAGACCUGUUUGCAUCAAGAAAUAUUACUGCACAAAUCCCUUCAUCGGUAUACAAGGUAUUAUCAGAGAAAUCGUUAUCGCAACACAAAUGAGAAUGCACGGAAAUUCUCUCAACUUAUUGGGGUGUAGCCUUGAAACUGAAACCCCAGUUUUAGUCUUUGAGUUACCGGAUCAAGGAUGUCUCAGAGAUCAUAUUUUCAGGCAACAAGGAUCACUGUCAUGGAAAUUGAGGCUAAAAAUUGGAUAUGAGAUUUCGUAUGCUCUUACUUACCUCCAAACUAGUUUUCAUAGGCCUAUAAUUUUUCGAAACCUGAGCUCGAAAGAUGUAUUUUUGGACAAGGAUUAUGUAGCCAAGCUUACUGGGUUUUAUUUCUCGGUGUUGAUCCCAGAAGGCGAAGAUCAUGUGAAUGAUGCAAUAGUCGGAACAGUAGGGUAUGGUGCACCAGAGUAUAGUAGAUCAGGAAGGUUAACUGAAAAAACUGAUGUAUAUUGUUUUGGAGUACUACUUUUCGAGCUGUUGAUUGGCGUGUGGAAUCAUCAAUAUGGAGGGUACAGUCUUCAACUUCUUCGAAAAAUCAAAGAUUAUGGGCAAAAUAUUGAGAUUGAAAUGAUUAUAGAUCCUAAAAUUUUAGAAGAAGUAGAGGAAAAGGGUAUGCGACAGCAUUUGAAAGAAGUACUUGAGAUUGCUGUGAUUUGCACUGCUGAUGAUGAGAAUCACAGACCAAGUAUGGUUGAUAUUGCCAGUAAACUCAAGAUAAUUUUGUGCUCAACUUAGCUUUUAGUUCUGCCCUAUUCUUAUUCAUGUAUAUCAUUUCUUUGCUCUGUAGCAAAAAUUUACACAAUUGUAUUGUUUCUUAAUUUUUUGCCUCUAAAAGAAAUGUUUCUAUC